AUGACGAUUGUUAUUUCACAAUGUGCUGUGCUGAUAUCUAACGUUUGUACGAUUUGUAGCUGGCAGGACAUUUCACUUGUAAAUUAAAUAGAGAAACUUUGUAAUCUUAAAAUACAUGCACAUGGAACGACUGUAACAACAAUUACAAAUAAUCUUUGCUUAGAGCUUAUAAAGUCCAAGUGUAGUGUAGCGUUAGCCUAACAAGUGGAACAAUGCAAGGAAUCCUUGAGAAGGCUAACAAGUCCGAGUCGCUAAUCACAACUCUCGCUAUUAGAAAACCCGCAGAGGAAGUAAAGAAAUGCGACAGGAAGGUUCUUGUUGAAGAGGACUACAUUGAGGGCUUAGGGAAGAUCAUUCAGCGAGACUUCUUCCCAGAUGUCACAAAACUGCAGGCUCAGAAAGACUACCUGGAGGCCGAGGAAACUGGAGACUUGGGGAAGAUGCGAGAAAUCGCCAUUAAAUACGGAUCCGUUUCAAACAGAUCUACCCCGCGCGUCAGCAUGCCAUAUGUGUCGCCAGCUUCAUUUGAAACCCCAGAGGGUCGCCCUGUGUCUCCCUCAUCCUCCCAUGGCAAACCCAGGUCUGGAAUGAGAGAAUCAGGAUAUGGAGUGAAGGAUGGUGUACGAGAGGAGAAGGAACUGCCAUGCCUGGAUCGGUUUCUGGCUAAGAAUACCAGUGAGGACAAUGCCUCCUUUGAGCAGAUUAUGGAGCUCGCCAAGGAUAAGGAGAAGCUGAGGCACUCAUGGCUCUAUGAGGCAGAGGAAGAGUACCAACAGCGCCAUGACGAAUACAUGGCGCUACCUUCCUCAGAGGUCCAGGCCAUCGAGAGCACAAAGGCAGGAUUGGAGACGUGGGUGUACAAAGCCAAAAACGCCCUCAUGUAUUAUCCAGAAGGAGUGAAAGACGACGAUGCAAUUUUUAAGAGACCUCGUGAGGUGGUCCAUAAGAACACACGGUUUCUGGAGGACCCCUUUAGCAAAGCCCUCAACAACAGCCAGAUCAAGGAGGCUGCGGCUCUCAAUGCACAGUACAAACAGGGCAAGGUUGGCCCCGAUGGGAAAGACCUGCUUCCACACGAAUCCCCUAAAGUGAAUGGCUUUGGGUAUGUUGGGACUCCAUCACCUAUGCCUGGUGUGGCUGACUCCCCGCUGAUGACCUGGGGUGAGAUCGAGAGCACCCCGUUCCGUCUGGAAGGCUCUGAUUCCCCUUAUAUAGAGAGAAACCACGGCCCUUCCUUUAAGAUUCCUGAACCAGGAAGAAGAGAGCGGCUAGGUUUGAAAAUGGCCAACGAGGCCAUGGCCAAAAACCGAGCCAAGAAGCAGGAGGCGUUGCGCAAAGUCACUGAAAACCUGGCCAGUCUCACGCCCAAGGGCGUGACGCCAGCCGCCCUCUCCCCUGCUCUCCAGAAGCUUGUCAACCGCUCCUCCAGCAAGUACACAGACAAAGCCCUGCGCGCCAGCUACACCCCCUCGCCCUCGCACCGGGGCUCUGGCUCCAAGACACCCCUGGGGGGGUCACUCACGCCCCAGGACACCCCAACACCUGGCAAGAUCCACACUCCGUCGUCACAAGACCCCGCUUCUAUCACUGACGAUCUCCUGCAGCUUCCUAAGAGGAGAAAAGCCGCCGACUACUUCUAACAAGCAGUGUGUCUCUCUGACCUGGACAGGGAAUACUAGACCAAAACUGGACUCAAAGCGGUCAGUCUAAAAUAUAUGAGGAAAAUGAUACACAGAUUUCACCUCCUUAUCUGGAAGGCAGUUCCACUGAGUGCAGGAAAGUUCUGAACAGAACUGUUUAUGAAAACUCCUAUCAAUCUCAUCCUUAGAAACAAUUGUUUUAGUAAACAGACUCCUAACAGUCUCGUCCUUUGGAACUUGGUUGGGAUACUUCACUGGCUGGCUGAGUGAUGCCCUCUUGCCUCUGGGUUUUAGAACAAGCUUAACUUGGCACGUACAACGUGCAUAUGCUUUUGUACAUAGAAAAUGUUAAAGGAUAUUCACAGCAAAUGUCACUGUGAAAGAAGACAUUUUUGUAUAGUAAGUCCAAAGUGAUUUAAACUGUUAUAUUUUGUUGUUUUUAAUUUCAAUUCUUUGAACGACUUUGUGUUACAUUACUGAUGUCAUUGACAAGAACCUAUUUUCUACUUCAAGUUAAAAUGCUAUUCUUGGAGCGUUACAGAGUUGUAAAUAAGGUCCUACCUUACAGUAGAAGGACCAGAUAUUCAUUAAAUGGCUGAAUGUCA